GGACUCCCCUUCAAAUAGGUCGAGGCGGUUCUGCAGAUCCUAUGAUUGGCCAGCCGUGCCGGAUUGGCGCCGGUUGAGGUGAUGGGGCGUGCAUCGUGAGGAGCGACGGGGGCCAACGGGGUGCUUCGGGACUGCUUACUGGCCAGGGGCUCCACUGUGACAAGCUUGAUUGAUCACCCCGCUCAACCAGUCACACUCAAAGAUGGGCGGGCCGUGAAGGUGUAAACAUGCAUCCUGCAACCACGCCGAGCACUGCGUCUCCAAUCACGACCCCAGUUGGCCCUGCGCGAUCGUGCCCUCGGCGCUUACUUAGGUAUGGCUCGAGUGACGAGCUGCCAUGGGUUGCAGCUCUUACCCCCUCUUCGGUCGUCGAGGAAGAGGUGCCGAACCACCCAGUGUGAUUGAUAUUCAAAUCACCCAGGUGCCAUCUUCUCAUUCUCCAAAUGUCUUUCUCUUCUUGAGCAUCUCCGUCGCUUCGCCUGGCUUCUUGUCUUCUUUCCUAAGGCUUGUCUAUAUAACCGUGGACGCAGGUUUCGCACACGGUAUAUUCCAAGGCGAUCUGAUCAGCGUGUUGAUAUUCACUUUCAGCCGUUGUACCCCUCUCCAGCGCAGGUGUCUCCGCAGCAGCCAAUUUUGACUCAGCUCUGCACCCGAAAGCGAGUCGCAUUCCCUCCCCGCGAAGCAAGUUCUUCGUUCGGGAUUUCCAUCAAGAGCCGGUUCUCUUGAUUGCAUUGUUUCCUUCUUCGUUAUACAUCGCCUCUAUUGCCUUCCAUGUCGAAUGCUAGCGACUCUCCUCGAACGGAUCAGCCCGUGAUUCCUGCAGACAUGACCCGAGCUUCUUAUCACAGCGGAAUGGGUGACCUGCCGCUACAACAACCGCAUACAACACAGCAGACGCGCAGCUCAUCUGAGAGCAGCGGCGCCUCGCUGAAGAGUCCUCGCACAGCUCGAUUCGCCGAAGCCACAACCGUGCACUCCCCAAUCGAGUCGUCGAGCCGCUCGCCCUUCGCUGACCCCCCGCAAAGACAAUCUGGGGGCGUUGCCGAUGUUGGAUUCGGCUAUGUAGCUGCUAACAACCCUGCACAACACGCUGAAGACUCGCGGCCACCCAUGACCCCAGCCCUCGCCUCACCGUUGAGGAGCGGCCUGAAGGUGCCGAACACAGCGAAGUCGUUGAAUCCGCUCAGCCCCACAUUCCGAGAGGAGUAUAUGCUGGAGAAGCAGGAGAAGGAGACCGAGAAGGAGAAUGCUCGUGAUUUGCGAAUCAAACUCCGGGUCCGCAUUGCGAAGAUCUUCCUCCGCGGCGUCAACUUCUCAUGCAGCCUGAUCGUGCUGGCACUACUCGCUACGACGCUGACCAUAUUCCGCGCCACCAAGGACCUUCCCUCACGCAACAAUCUGCCCGCAUGGGCAGAGGGCAGCAACCCGUGGGCACAGUACUUGCUACUGGGCUUGGCUUGUUUCUCCUUGUUUGCGUGCUUGAUUGUCUUUUGGGGUUAUUGGAAAGGCGGUCACCGUCGAGCUGAAAAGGUCACUGUCUACUAUACCACAUUUUCGAUCUGUUUCUUCUUCUUCAGCUUCAUUAUGUGGAUUGUCGGUGCAGCCAUUUACCAGCACUCCAAAUCCUCCGGUAAUAACAAGGACAUAUGGGGGUGGUCUUGCGCACAGAACACACGCGAGGAGAUCUAUUCUAAUACGGUCGACUACGCGCUCCUUUGCCGUCUUCAGGAUUGGGGCCUCGUCUGUGCCAUAAUCGAAGUCGUCAUUGAAGUUCUGGUCCUGCUCAUCUACGGCGUCGUUGCUUACCGUCUCUGGACCAAGCGCCGCCUUAUGAAGACGAUGGACACCCGCGACAAGGCCCGCUCGGAUCUGUACCUCGCACAACUGCGUCUCCAGUCCGCCCCCAACACCCCCGGUUUCCCCGGCUUCUCAAGCUACCCGCCCAAGUCGCCAUUCGGCAUCUCGGUAGACCCCUACUCCUCCGCUGAGAAGGGCCAGGCCGAGCCAACGACGACCCAGUACGCUUCACCGCGUUCUCCAACCAGGCCAGCUUCCUCGUUCCAGCUCCAGCCUCCACCCAUCCGCGUUCAGCAGGCUUCGCCCCGCGUGCAACAGGAGGGCUUCGCGGCGCCUCAGGCGCCCAGGUCUCCCUCCCCACCACCCAAGAGAGAGCCUCAACAUAUGGCCGCGGCACCGGGUGAGGCAGACUACGGCGCUGUGCCUAUCCCGGGAGCUUACACGAGUCCCAUGAUGCCGACAUUCCCGGCUGCUGUGCAUAAAUAAGUCUGGUCUGCUUGAUUGCCAGGGCUUUUUAAUGCCUCACCUAGCCUUAAACCCAGAAAAUCCGUUUGAACCAAAAAAAAGUGAAAACCUUGAAAAUUAAUUGUGAUGAUCUGUCGGAAUGAAAAUUUGGACAUACACUGUAUCCAGAGAGGACGCUUUGUGAAUCCUUGACUAAUUAUGUGUUCCUGGUCAAUGGGCCUUUGGUCCGGACUGGGAUCUGAUGUGUACAGCGGGCGUGUUGGAGUUUGGUAAUAGUACAGAUACCUUAUACCUACUGGACGGAAUUGUGAAUUUGAUUUUACUUCUUUGUUUGCUCGGCA